GUUUUUACAAACAUUCACCUAAAAAAGGUUCGUCAUAAAUAAUAAAUGCAGUCAUAUUUUCAAAGAAGGAAAUAAUGGAAAAAUACAGAUGUAUAUAUUUUCUUUUUAUAUGGCAUUCCUUAAUCCUUAAUCCUUAAUCUCUCGUGAGUCGCAAACUCGCAACAAUUGGCAGGUGAAAUUGUCGUAACGCCUUCAGCUAAAGCUGUCCAUCUGUACGGUCUUCUUCUUCCUUCUUUAUAUAUCUUAACACAAACUGCUCUCUCUCUCUCUCUCUCUCUCUCUCUUCUCUCUACGCUUGCUUUCCUCUGUUUUUCUCUGUUCUAGAUUCUCUCUCUCUCUCUCUCUGUACUUGCUUUCCUCUGUUUUUCUCUGUUCUAGAUUCUCUUUCUCUGGUUAAGUUUUCUUGUUCUGUCCGUAUCUAUCCAAAGAUUUCACUCUGUUUUUUUUCAAGACAAGAAUCAUCAAAUGGAAUCUACUGAACUACAAGAAAUAGAUUUCUUUAGCUCCUUUUCCGAGCACACAAUACCAACUUUCUUCACUCCAACCACAAGCUCGCUCCGAUCCGACUCCUUAUCCGAUGAACCGGAUUCACCAAAGCCACAAAACGAUGACGGAGACGAGUAUGUCGCCGAGUUGACUCGUCAGAUGACUAACUAUAUGCUUCAAGACGAUGAAAAGCAUCAAAAGUCUUGCGGUGGUGGCUCUGGCUCGCCGCAAUCGACUCUUUGGUCACCAUUCGCUUCUGGUUACAGCAGCCCAAUCGGCCCUUCCCGUGAACCAUCUCCGCCGCUAACUCCGGCGACGGCUGUGGAGAAAACCAUGACAAAGAUCGAUACGAAGCCUGUUAUGAUCCCUUUUCAAUCAAAACAAGCUCUCAUCGAUGAUCAGAUCAGAUCUAUUCAAGCUAACUUCCAUAAGAUCAAAAAGGAGAAAGAGAAGCUACGUAACGAUGACGUUUCGGGACAGAAAGCAAUGAACUACCACCACCACCAGAGACCAAGGUCGGGCGUGAAGGCGGUGUUCGUUGACGGGUCAGGUUCGAAAACCGGGUCGGGUGGAACUGGAGUGUUCUUGCCACGUGGUCAUGGUACUGUUGUGGAGUCACGCAAGAAAUCAGGAUGUUCAACAGUAAUAAUACCAGCAAGAGUAGUUGAAGCCUUGAAAGUUCACUUUGACAAAUUGGGUGUUCCUUCUACAUUCUCUUCUGAUAUCCCUCCUUUUCAUGAUGCUUUGUUGGUGUCUAUGAAGAACAAAAACAACAAAAGUAACAACACUGGUUCAUCAACUCGGGCACAAAGUGGACCACCGAACAUUGCGGAGACGUCCGCAGAGAGCCACCAAGAGCCACCGGCAGAUUUGCCACAGGAAUGGACGUACUGAUCAAACAUUGGCACAUGCGCGCUCUUCUUGGAAGUUAUAGGUUUUCAAAAGGUAGGGUCUUUUCGGAUUGAAUAUUUUUAUAGUGGGGUUAAGAUAUAAAAGAAAAAUAAAAAACUUUCACAAACCAUUAAUUUUUUUUUAUAGGAAACAUAUAGAUUUUAAUAGGUGGUGAAUCUGUUCUUUUAUUAUUGGUGUUCCAUAAGCUCGUUCAAGUAAAAAAACAAUAAUCCUUGUGAUAAAAGAACAAUAAAACGUGCAUAUAUAUGUUCAUAUAUGUUGCAUGUCUAUUGUAAUAAAAGGGAUGGGUUGUUUUUUUGUAAGAUUUCUUGUAAUAAAAGCAUUAUGCAUCUCGACAGUGUAAUAAAAAGAAAGAAUUGAUUAUUACGACUUUAUUGAAAAAAAAAAGAAUUGAUUAUUACGUCUACGCUCUACGGUCUAUCUACUGCGUAUGCUAACUCUCUUAUUUACAAAUUACGCUUUAUAGAG